AUGGCCCCUCAGGAGAGCCAUCUGACAGCCACACUCCUGACCUCCAUCCUGGCAGCGGUGCUGGGCUCCCUGCAGAUUGGCUACCACACCGGCAACGUCAAUGCUCCAGCCAAGAUCAUCGAAGAGUUCUUCAACCACACCUGGACAGCCAGACACAACCAGUCGAUGCCAGAUCACAGUCUGACUCUGCUGUGGUCUCUCUCUGUCAGCAUUAAGGACUUUGGAGCCUUGCUUGGUUCACUGGGAGUCAAAUAUGUGGCAGAUUCUUACGGAAGGCGUAACUCCAUCCUAAUAGUGAACUGUCUAUCCGUGGUGGGAGCAUGUCUUAUGUCUGCAUCCAAAGCCAGCGAGUCAUUUGAAGUUCUCAUCCUGGGACGGUUGGUGUUUGGUCUGUUCUGUGGCCUGGUGAUGAGUCUUAAUCCACUGUACAUCCAGGAAGUGUCCCCCACCAACUUGAGAGGGGCCUUUGCCACACUCAACCAGGUGUCCUUUGCUUCGGGCAUCCUGGUAGGAAUGGUGGCUGGUCUAGAGACAGUGCUGGGUACAGAGCAUUACUGGGCCAUGAUGCUGUCCCUGUCUCUCAUCCCGGCCCUGACGCAGUACCUGGUUCUGCCUUUCUGCCCCGAAAGCCCUCGUUACCUGCUCAUCAACCGGGGAGAGGAGAGCAAGGCAGAGGCUGCCCUGCUGAGGCUGAGAGGCAGAACAGAGAAGGUGUUUGCUGAGCUGGAAGAGAUGAAGGAAGAGGCCGGCCACACUCAGGCAGGUGUCGCCAUCCACGAUUUCUUCAAGAAGCGCAGCUACAAGCAGCCGAUCAUCAUCGUCCUCAUCGUCAACUUGGGCAGCCAGCUGUCCGGAUUCAAUGCAAUCAUCAAUUAUUCCACCAAAAUGUUCCAAGCCAAGUUUGACCAGGCCAAAUACCUGACACUGGGCGUGGGUGCUGUCAAUGUGACCUUCACUUUGGUCGCAUUCUUCCUGAUGGAAAGGGCAGGGAGGAGGAGAUUGCUCCUGACUGGUUUCAUCUCCAUAGCAGUGUGCAACUUACUCAUGACCAUAGUCGAUUCCUUAACUUGUCUAUCCACCAUGCAGCACCUGGUUCCAGAGCUGCGGAGCCUGCAGGUCCUGCUGGUUUUCUGCCUGAUUUCAGCCUACGAGCUGGGCCCUGGACCCAUCUCCUGGUUCAUCGCAGCUGAGCUGUUUGACCAGCCUGGCAGACCCAUCGCCAUGGCCUUCACCAGCAUGCUCAACUGGGGAGGGAAGUUUGUUCUGGCACUCCUCUUUCCUCCAUUACUGAAAAUCUGUGGUGCGUAUGUCUACCUCCUCUUCAUGACCGUGGCUCUGCUCGCCUUCACCUUCACCUGGAUUCGCCUCCCCGAGACAAAAGGUCGCACAUUCGAUGACAUUGCAGAGGAGUUCAGAGGAGCAGAAGGCAUUCCUUUGCACAAUAAGACCGGAUUCAACACUUUCUCCUGAUGGACGUUUUAACCCUUACUAAAUCUGGUCAUGGUUGUACUGUUAAAGGGAGGG